AUGGCGGGGCUGGCCAGUGCGACGAUCCCCUCGGCCUCCUGUGGGGGCGCUGUCCGGGGCCUGGACAGCAGCUGGGAGCAGUGCACCGUGUCCCUGUGCGGGGGCACCCAGCGCCUGGUCUUGCGUCCAGGCUGUGGCAGGUUCUCAAUGGAAAUAAAAGCAAACCUGUACGAACAAGUUGUCUUCUUUGUCGUUAAACGCAGCGGCGUCCCUGGAGGCGCUGUGGGAGAGGAGCAGGCGGUGGUGCGCUCGGGCCGCAGCCGGACAGGGGCGGGGCAGGUGACGCACCGCAGGUCUGUGCAGCCCGGACAGCGGGGAGCAGGGAGCAGUAACCACCGGCUCUGUGCCCUCUCACCCACUGCAGGUCUGUGCAGCUGGACAGCGGGGAGCAGGGAGCAGGCUGUGUGCCCACCUCUCCCCAGCCCAGGCAGCCCUGCCAUAAGGGACAUGGAACCCAAGGACCAGCAGCUCACGGUAGCGCUUCGGAUCCGCCCGCUCAAUGACACGGAACAGGAGGAGGGAGCCAGCGUCAUCGCCCACAAAGUGGGUGACCAGAUGGUGGUGCUCAUGGACCCGGGCGAGGACCCCGAGGACACGCUGCGCACACACCGGUCCCGGGAGAAGACCUUCAUCUUUGACACCGUCUUCGACCAGCACGCAUCGCAGGGGGACGUGUAUCGCGCCACCACCCAGCGCCUGGUGGACAGCGUCGUCUCUGGAUACAACGCCACGGUGUUCGCCUACGGCCCCUCAGGGGCCGGGAAGACCCACACGAUGCUGGGCAUGGACGCGGAGCCCGGCAUCUACCUGCAGACCCUCGCCGACCUCUUCCGGGCCAUCGAGCGGACCCGGGACAGCGUGGACUCCAGCGUGUCCAUGUCUUACCUGGAGAUCUACAACGAGGUGAUCCGGGACCUGCUGAACCCAUCCUCGGGGCUCCUGGAGCUGAGGGAGGACGCCAGGGGCAGCAUCCAGAUCGCGGGCAUCACAGAGGUCUCCACCUCGAAUGCCCAGGAGAUCAUGCAGCUCCUCACCAGAGGCAACCGGCAGCGCACGCAGGAGCCCACGGCCGCCAACAGGACGUCCUCGCGCUCCCACGCGGUGCUGCAGGUCACCGUGCGCCGGCAGGGCCGCGGCCACCACCUGGCGGAGGGCGUGCGCGUCGGGAGGCUGUUCCUGGUGGACCUGGCGGGCUCGGAGCGGGCAUCCCAGACCCAGAACCGCGGCAAAAGGAUGCAGGAGGGCGCGCACAUCAACCGCUCACUGCUGGCGCUGGGCAACUGCAUCAACGCGCUCAGCGAGAGAGGCGGCGGCCGCACACAGUACGUGAACUUCAGGGACAGCAAGCUCACACGCCUGCUCAAGGACGCCCUGGGAGGGAACAGCCGGACGGUGAUGAUCGCCCACAUCAGCCCCGCCAGCACAUCCUUCGAGGAGUCGAGGAGCACCCUGCUGUACGCGCACAGAGCCAAGAGCAUCAAGACGCGGGUCAAGCGCAACCUGCUGACCAUGUCCUGCCAUUUGGACCAGGACACGGAUGUCAUCUCCGACCUGCGCAGGCAGAUUGAGCACCUCAAGUCCAAGAUCGAGAGGCAGGAGCACAGGAGAAGCGAGCCCGGGAUCCCGGGUGCUCGAGUCGCGAUGCCCGCCCAGGACCCGGAGGAGGACAGCCGCCUGCAGAUGAACAAGACCCGGGCCCAGCUCACAGGGACCUUCCAGGAGCAGCCGGAGAUGGCACGCAGCCCGGUGGAGCUGGAGGACGCCAACAUCGAGCUGCACGCUGACGUGUCCCGGCACCUGCUGGCCAUUGCAGACUGGGAGAAGCCCCCCCACCGCGCCCAGGACAAGGCGCCCGAGGGGGACGAGCAGCAGGCGGUGGACGACGCAGCUGGGGACGAGGGCGAGUCCGCAGAGCCCCACGAGGGAGCCCUGGCCGGAGAGGAGGUCUCCCUGCUGCUGGCCGCGCAGCGGAAAACCGUGGCCCUCCAGGCUCCCCAGGCUGCCACGGGCACCGGAGAGAGGACAGGGACGCGGCCCGGGAAGCCCGGCUCUAGGCUGCUCUCUGGAGAGUGA